CAAACAUUCAAAUCCAAACCAAUUACUCCUAAUCGGACAAGUAAGUAGCCAAAGUUGUUCAUCCAAAUGGGGUUCCUCAAACAAACAAGUGUCUUCAAGAUUUCACUUUUAUUCACCCUUUUCUUCAUUUCAUCUACUGCUGCCAUAAGACCUACACAGUGGCAAGGAGAGCAACUAUUCAGGAAAAUCGUGCCUCAUUUUGAGACACUGCAAAGGGGACCGGUGCCACCAUCUGGUGGUUCUCCUUGCACCAACAUCCCUGGUGGAUCGGGCACUUGCCUUGUCAAUGAAAUCAACGCUGCCGGCCAUCUCCUUCGUUCACCGCCCGUGUUUCCUGCCGUCCAUGUUAUAAAGGCUGCGGGUACUACUUCCAUGGGAGAAUAAUCAUGUGACCAACUAGACUAUAAAGAAAAA